AUGGAUGGCAAGCAACUUGAUAUGGUGAAGUUGGAGAAACAGAAUGAUUCUUCUGAAUGGAUUUACUUCGAUCCAGGAAGCAGCAGCAGCAGCAACAGCUCUUUAGAUUACUAUCAUUAUUAUGAUCAUCAUCAUCAUAAUAAUUUCCAAUUUGAUCCAUUCACUGAUUUCCAAUGGGAGUUUGUUGAUUUCCCAGUUCUUGAUCAUAACAACUUCCAGACCAAGGACAAGGACAACAACAACAGCUCGAAUAAUAAGAAUGUGCAUGAAGAAGAGGAAGAAGAAGGAGGAGGGGAUGAUGCUCGGGCAACAACUAAGAUGAAGAUGAAGAAGAAUGAUGGAGGAAGAAGAGAUCAUCAGUUGAGAAGGAGUGGGAGGAGAUCAUCAAAAUCUGGAGGUGGUGUAGAAUUGGAGGAGAUUCAAAAGUACUUUGAUGUUCCAAUAACUAAAGCAGCCAAGGAGCUUAAGAUUGGGCUGACUGUGCUGAAGAAGAGAUGUAGAGAACUGAACAUAAUGAGGUGGCCCCAUCGCAAGAUCAAGAGUUUGAAUUCUCUCAUUCAUAAUUUCAAGGAACUGGGGAUGUGUAGGAAGGAGAUAGAGAUGUUAGAACACCACAAGAGAAUGUUGGAGAAGAAACCAGAGUUAGACUUGACUGACAGAACUAAGAGACUCAGGCAAGCUUGUUUCAAGCUCAAUUACAAAAAGAGACACAAUUCUCUUCCUUCUUCAUCAUGA